AUGGGUGAUUUGGACGAGUGGGUUGUGCUGAUUUUGCCGUAUUUACGCCCCCCCUGUCCCACUUCCUGGCUCCUGACGACCACCUGGUCGUUUUCUCAGUAUCCGCCCUUUCCAACAACGGGCUCGGCAUGGUGCGACCCGCCUCCGUGGAGGACCAACAUCGCAAACGCUGGCUUCCAUUACUACUCGCCCGCCAUCUGUCCCCGAGGCUUUGUUGUUGGUCCCAGCUGUGGCAUCAUCACCAAAGAGCGGACAGACGAAGGCUUCCCCGCCAUCGCGACGGGAGAGACAGCCGUGUACUGCGUGCCCAGCGGUUUGACCUGCACCACCGAGCUUACCGAUUAUCGUGGUGGUGUCCGGGGAUUUGCGCGUGACGCCACUGCACUCGGAGCGCUCUUCACCUUUGGAGCAGCCAUACAGAUUCGAUGGGUGGCGGCAGACCUGACCAAACUCGAGACACAUCCACUCACGCCGGGCCUACGACUUGCAACAACCGGUUCCCAGGAGACGACACGAGGCCCCGUGAUGGGGCCUACUAUUACCAUAGACCCAGCCACCUUGACGACCGGCGAACCAGGUAGGCAACCGGCACCGGACCAGGGAGACACCGACACGGUCCUGUACACGGAUGCGAACCCGAGCAGCCCGGUGUCUCUCACACUAAUAUAUGACGACCCGGAGCCGACGAGCAGCCUCGGACCAGCAAGCAGUGCUGCGAGCGGCUCGGGCGGAGGAGGACUCGGGUCGUUGGACCGGCCAACGAGCAUCGUCGUCAUUGUCCUGGUCACGGUUAUCGCAGGCAUUGCUCUCUGGAUAGGUGCAUUCCUUCUGGUUCGGCAGCAGAGAAAAAAGGCUGCUCGGCGCAAAGGUUCGCGCUCGACCAGGGAGGGAGGAGAUGAUGAGACCUGCCUGGAGAACGGGCGUCGACAAAGGGGACCCGCGAGACCAGCGGGACCUGCGGGAAGCGCGAAACACGCGAGGAAGCCUUCGGGGGCGACAAAGUCAAUAGGGAGUCCUGUGUCCGAGCUGGAUGCUACUGGGACGCCGGCGAUCGGCAGCACACCGAACCCGGCCGAGCUCGAAGGCGACCUGCUCAUCCAGCCUCCCGAAAGAACGACGUGGGUGCACCAGAGGCUGUGGCUCAAGAGCCCAGCGCUGCUGCAGCCGCCGCAAUCCUCGCCGCGGUCUCUGCUGUCCACCCGGUCGACGCGUCGGACAAUUCGAGAGUCGUUUGGCGAGAAGGUCAACGACCCAGCCGCAGCAUUGGGGAGGCUCAAGAUACCAAACCCGCUCGCCAUCGGGCGGUCGUCGCCGACCUCGGCAAGCCCGAGCACCCGCAGCUUCUGGAGGAUGCCGCGCAGCCUGAAAACAACAACCACCACCACCACCACCACCCCGCCAGCGGGAACGACUGCAGCGGCGAGACGGAGUGCUCAAUUGCCCAAGCCAUCACCAAGGUCGGCCCACAGCGUCAGCGUCAGGGCGUCGAGAGCCAGCACGCCGGGCCGAGGAAAACCGGGAUGGCGGGAGGACGGGCCUAGCAGCACUCAGAGCGAUGCAACAUUGUGA